UCCCUGAAAUUUUGAAAAAUUCCCUUUGCAACAUCUUUAUAAACGAAGACAACAAAAAAAGUUGCUGUGAAGGCAAAGUUAAAACGAGAAAAGAUCGUGAGUCUGUAGAGAAGACAAAAUGUAACUUGGCCGUAAUCGAUUGGCAACAACUGCAAAGGAUACGUCAGGCUGCAGCAAACAGCUGCAACGGCCACACACACAUACAAACACAUACUGAUGCCAAUGCAGAUAUUCUGAAUACAUCAAACACACAGAUACUAUAGAUACAUGAGGCAGCCUGCCAUAUAAAAGAUACAUGCCAUGUUCCCACUAACCAACCGCUCUUCGAGUGGCAAAAACACCAACAACAACGGCAACAGCAGCAGCAACAGCAACACCAUUGGAAGCAUCGACAACGAAAAGGAUAAAAUAAAUUUCCAAAAUAAUUGGAGCUGCAAUAAAACAACCGGUCGACGCGCUGGAAGUGGGUAUAGCUGCAGUUUCUUAGAUCUUCAAUCGAUUCGACGGCUCUUGGAACACGAUGCCAGCGGCUCUGUCUGCCCCUCGUGCCGCAUUUCCUUCGAUAAGGGCAAGCGACGGAAACUGAUCGACACCUGCGGACACGAACGCUGCUAUUCCUGUAUGUUCCGCAACGACCAGUGCCCCAUGUGCAUGAACAGUUCGCUGAAAGAUGUUGAUGGCGCCAAUGCUCAGGGCUAUGACACCGGCAUCGGUGGCUCCACAUCGACGAUCGUCAGUCCGCUGGGCUCACCUCAGCCGCAGCUGAGAUCCCAUGCGCAGCGGAAUGCAGCCUUAGCACGUUAUAUGCAGCAGCAUCGUCAGGAGUCGCAGUCGCCGGAUUAUCACCGUUAUGCGAGCAUUGGCAAAUUGCCCCGUGCAGCAGCCAGUGGCAAUGUCAGUGGCAAUGGCAAUGGCAAUGGCAAUGGAUUUGUUGGCAACACACACACCGUCACCGUUGACAUACAUCAGCACUCUGGCCCAGCAAAGCAACAACAAACAACCAGCAGCAACAACAACAACAGUCUACACUUGCCAUACAGCGAUCUGAAUGGAAUGGCUCCGGCAUUUGCAACGCCGCCAACGCGUCGGCGUUUCUUUAAUCACAAGAAUUUACGCAGCGCCCUCACGGGCCAUCGACGCACUGCCUCCAAUGGCGGUUAUCCACUUGAUACAGCUUCAAUGCUCUCAGGAGGCAGCGACACCUUGGGCAUUGAACAUCAUCCGCAGUCGCUGCUGAAUUUGAAGCAGCAGAAGGAUCAGCUGCGCGCUCGCCUUGGCCUGUUGUUCAACGACAACAACAAUGGCAACAACGUCAACAACAACAGCAACACGAACACCACCACCAGCAGCAGCAGCAGCAGCAGCGAUCACAACGGCAACUCGACGCUCCACUCGACGAGUCUCUCGAGCAGCGCAGGUGUUGGCAGCGGUGCCAGCAACAGCAACAGCAACAGCAUCAGCAACAGCAACAGCAUCUGCACCACAGCCAACAGCAGCAGCUCCUCGCAGCUGAUCAGCCCGGAGCAGACGCUGGCCAACGCCGGCCUCAGCGGCAGUCAGCUCUCGGUGGCCACGUCCCACAAGGACGACACGUUGAGCCUCUGCAGCAAGUUCAGCAAGAUGGGCUGCACCAUGCAGGAGCAUGCCUACGAGCCCUUGGCGCUGCCCGGCAAGUCGCGCAAGGGCGCCACGCGACGUUCCACGCGUGCUCAGCAGCUGCCGGCCAGCCUGAGCGCCGGCGCAUCCGCAGCAGCGGGCGCCGUCAGCAAACGCGCAGCAGCAGCUGCAGCCUUGGCCGCAGUGCAACUGGCCUUGAAGCCGCUGUUCUUCGAGGUACCGCUGCAGGAGCCCGAUCCGCCUUAUGUGGGCCGCCAGUGGCUGGUGCAGCAGCUGUCCAACAUACUGCUAGGCACGGACACACGCGUGGUGCUCAUCAACGGCCAGCCGGGCACGGGCAAGACGGCCUUCUGCCUGCAGCUGGUGGAGUACUCGUGCUUUGGCCGGCGACAGAUGCAGGCGCAGCAGCAGGAGGACGCAGAUGCCAUCUACAGCCAGCUGGGCGCACAGAAUGAGCGCAUGCGCGGCCUGGCCUCCCACAUGGUGGGCUAUCACUUCUGCCAGGCGGACGCAAAUCUCACCUGCCAGGUGCCGGACUUUGUGCACUCGCUGGCCGCCCAGCUCUGUCAGGCGCCCCAGCUAACGGCGUACCGUGACUAUCUGCUCUCGGAGCCGCAUCUGCAGGACAUCCUGAGCGUGCGCGAGUGCAUCGCGGAUGCGGAGCGCGUGAUGCGCCUGGCCAUACUGGAGCCACUGGCGCAGCUGCAUCGUGCCGGCAAAAUUCCAGCCAAGGUGGCCGUCAUACUGGUGGACGCACUGUGCGAGGCGGAGUAUCAUCGUCCGGAUCAUGGACACACCAUAGCCAGCUUCCUGGCGCAGCUGUCGCCACAUUUUCCCGCGUGGCUGAAGCUGGUUGCCACGGUGCGCACCCAAAUGCUGGAGCUGGUCAAGGCGCCCAGCUACACGCAGCUCACGCUGGACAGCUGGGCAAGCAGCCAGACGCUGCAGCAGGACAUGCUGGACUAUAUCAAUGCACGCAUCACUCACUGCCCGGAGAUCCAGCACAACAUUGGCGGCCAGGUGGCCCAGUCGCAGGCGAAGUUCGUCUCACAUCUGCAGUCGCUGAGUCGCGGCUCCAUGCUGUACGCCAAGCUGAUACUGGAUCUGAUCUCGCGUGGCCAACUGGUGGUCAAGUCGUCCAGCUACAAGGUGCUGCCCGUGUCGCUCGCUCAGAUCUUUCUGCUCCACUUCAACUUGCGCUUUCCCACGGCGCACAGCUUCGAGCAGACGUCGCCCAUACUCAAUGUUUGCCUGGCCGCGCUCUAUCCGCUGACGCUGGACGAGAUCUACUACAGCAUGGAGGCGCUGCACCAUGGCCAGGAGCCACUCAGCUGGCCGCAGUUCAUACAGCGCUUCAAGCUCUUGGACGGCUUCCUCAUCAAGCGCCUGGACAACACGUACAUGUUCUUUCACAGCUCGCUGCGCGAGUGGCUGAUGCGCCGCGACGAGGGCGAGUCCAGCAAGUUCCUCUGCGACGCACGCCUAGGCCAUGCUGGCAUUGCCUUCCGGCUCUCGCGACUCCAGGCGCCGCUGCAGCCGCAGCUAACGCUCGAGCUGGGCCAUCACAUGCUCAAGGCGCAUCUCUACAGCAGCAGCCAGGCGGCGCUCUCGCCGCGCGACUUGCAGUCCUAUUGGCUGGCCGGCGCCGCCGACAACAUCUCGGCUGCCCUGGGCGCACUGCGUAAUGUCUACAGUCCCAAUGUGAAGGUGUCUAGGCUGGUGCUGCUCGCCGGCGCCUCGCCGGAUCAUCGCACCGACUACAUGGGCGACGCGCCCAUUUUGUGCAUUGCCGCCCACGAGGGCAUUCUGCCCAUGGUGAGCCUGCUGCUGGAGUUUGGCGCGGACGUGGGUCUUACCAAUAGCCAGGGCUGCACGCCGCUCAUUCUGGCCGCGAUGCGCGGGCAUUGCGAUGUGGUGCGCCGCUUGGUGGCCGCCGGCAGCAGUCUCGGGCAGCUGGACACCACGCAACGCUGCGCUCUGGUGCAUGCAGCACGCAUGGGGCAUCUCAGUGUGGUGCAGUAUCUGUUGGCCUGCGACUGGUCGCCGCGUGCUCGCUCCCAGGACGUGGGCCGUUCCUUGGCGCUGCAGCAGGCCCUGAUUGGCGCUGCGGCGCAGGCGCAUGUCAAAAUACUCGAGGAUCUGUUGGACCUCAACGAACAUGAGCUGGACGACCUCAGCGUCAAUGUGAACGGCCUGGAGCCGAGCAGCGGCGAGCUGGCACUCACAGCAGCUGCACGACAUGGCUGUGUGGAUGCCGUCAACAUUCUGAUGUCCCGUGGAGCGCAGAUCGAUGCGCGCAAUCGCCAGGGCUACACGGCGCUGUGGUUGGCCGUGAAGGAGGGCCAUUGGAGCGUGGUGGAGCAGCUGCUGCAGCGUGGCGCACUGCUGGACGAGCCGCUGGGACAGGCGCGCAAGACGCCGCUCAUGAUUGCCGCCGAGGAGGGGCAUCUGGAGCUGCUGGAGCUGCUGAUGGCACGUGGCGCUGCCCUGGAGGCCGAGGAUCAUGAGGGCUUCACGGCAUUCAGCUGGGCGUGCCUGCGCGGUCAUUUGGCUGCGGCCAAGUGCCUCAUCGAGCACGGCUGCAAUCGGCAGCACGAGGAUCACAAAGGACGCACAGCACUCGAUCUGGCCGCCUACCAAGGGGCCGCCAGUCUAGUGCUGUACUUGCUGGAACAGGGCGCUAAUCUGGAGCACAUUGAUGUGCAUGGCAUGCGUCCGCUGGAUCGCUCUAUAGCCUGCCGCAACAUACAGGCGGUGCAGGUGUUUCUGCGCAAGGGUGCCAAGCUGGGACCCACCACCUGGAGCAUGGCCAUGGGCAAGCCGGAGAUACUGGUGGUGCUGCUCAACAAGUUGCUGGAGGACGGCAAUGUGCUGUACCGCAAGAAUCGCUUCCAGGACGCCGCGCAUCGCUAUCAGUAUGCGCUGCGAAAGAUCUCGGGCCUGGAACAACUGCUCGAGCGGAAUGCGGUCUUUGCCCAGCUGCGCACUAAUCUGUUGCUGAAUCUGUCGCGCUGCAAGCGAAAACUGAAUGAACUUGACGCCUCCAUAGAUUUGGCGACACAAGCCAUAAUGCAGAAGCCGCACAGCUACGAGGGCUACUAUGCUCGGGCCAAGGCGCGCAUGGAGCUGGGUGCUCUCAAUGAGGCGCUCGUCGAUGCCAACGAGGCCAUGCAGCAGGCGGCUCAAAGCGGCGUCCUCUGCGAGGUCGUAGAAGUGCUCAAGCGCAUCCAAGCCGAGCUGCUGACGCGCAUCACCAGCGAGGAUAACAAGCUGUCCGGUUAUGGAGUCGGAGCCGGUGCUGCUGGAGCCUCUGCCGUCUACGAAUCUCAGCAAGAGAUGACCGAUUUGUAAAUGUCCUUUGUUGUUGUAUCGCAUUCGAAUCACAAUCUUAACUUAAUAAUAGUUCUUAACUGUUUACUAUUUAUUGCCUUUUGGAUGUUUUAUUAAUUUAAAAAACAAUUACUUUUUAUCAUUCUUUUUCA